AUGAACCAUCAGGCGCGGACCCCAGUUCUCUCCUCGGCCCGGACCUCGACCUCAGUCCAAGCCUCGACCCCGGUCCGGAACCUCACCCCGGUCCGGACCCCGACCCCAGUCCAACCCUCGACCCCCGUCCGGAACCUCACCCCAGUCCGGACCCCGACCCCGGUCCAAGCUUCGACCCCGGUUCGGACCCUUACCCCGGUCCCAACCUCGAGUCCGGUUCAGAACAUGACUCCGGCCCAGUCCCCAACUCUGGUCCGGGCCGUCAACCUGGCCAGGAUCCUGACUCCAGUCCGGACCCCGGCUUCUGGUCGGACUCCAGCGUCGGUCCGGACCCCGAUUCCAGCCUGGUUCCCGGGGCUGCUGGUCCCGGACCGGGUCGCCGCGGUGCCGGCCUCGGACUCCUUCGCGAACGCGGCGGCUCCGCCUUCGGAUGCAUCGGAGGCAGCGGUCCCGGAGCCGGAGCAGGGCCCCAAGCCCUCGGGGAGCCGGACAGUCGUCUCGACGCUCAGCGCCGGCGCUGCGCCCUCGUCGGAGCUCCCGCCCGCGCUCUGCUCCUCCGCACCCAGCCCGCGGCCCGGCCCCUCGGCCUCCAGGUUCCCAGGGCCCGCCGCCGAGCCCGUCCCACUGGCUGUCUGCAUCUCUGCCAGCGCAGGUGCCUCCACCAGCGAGAACUUCACAACCGAAAAGAGAGUCUGCAUCCGCGUGAGCUACUGUGGACUCUGAAGCUAUGGCCUUCGGUACAUUCUACUUAGGAAGAACCUGGAGGAGCUAUUUCCCAAUCGCCUGGACUUUGUGGAAGAGCGAACUACCCAGGCCUCCGGCGAGUUUGAAGUGUUCGUGAACGGGAAACUGGUUCAUUCCAAGAAGAGAGGUGAUGGCUUUGUGGACGAGGUCAAGCUGCGGAAAAUUGUGGCUGCUAUCAACGAAGAGUUCAAGACAAGGUUUCCGGUUAUUAGACAGAGCUGAGGAGGGACAGG